AUGACAAAGACAACGACAGCGGCUGCGUCUUGUCACUCGCUCUGUCGCAGCAGCAGCACCGCCAACCCAAAACCCUCCUGGCUACUGGCAGCACUUGCAGGUGUGGCACCCUCCCUUCACGCAAACCUCUUCCUUCACGGGUUAUUUCGAUUAGAUAGAUGGGCCUGGUUUCCUUUACUCUCCUUCCUCCAAUCCUUUACAGUGCUUCCUUUCCAAUCCUGAUAGACUCAGGAUCACACGGUCUUCCGACCGCCAGCUAGGUCAAUCCACAUCCGCCAACUCAAUUGGACGGCUGAUUUGACGUGUCAACCUUUUCGUUUGAACCCAUACUGCGUCGGUGCCUCCCUCUGUGAUACCUUUUUACCCCUCCGGGUCGCCUUUAGCUCCGUCAGACCGCCCGCAUCUUUAGCCAGAACACCAUUUGGAAAGCUUUCCAUACCCAACUCUGUCUUCUUCUACCUUCUGUAACCUUUCUUACUCAUCAUUCGUCCUCUUGGGUUUUAAAUUUUGAAAUUUCGAAUAAAAUAGGGCACGGGGUAGAUUCGUCCUCUCGUUUCCACGGUCACUGUUCCAGUUCCCCCACUGGGAGCCCCGUCGAAGAACUCGGGAGGGCCUAGCUGAAUGGCGAGGAGACCUGCGGUAGGCUGGUCCGCGGCAGCUUUUAUUGAAAAUCACUCAAAGCAGCCUAGACCAUCUGAGAGUGUGGAGGGGGAAAGCUCUGCAACCUCGCGUUGACAGCUUGUGGGAUACGAAGAAGCACAGUAGCUAAGCGGAUGUCAUUAAUCUCGCGUUAUUACCAUUUAUUCUUCUGCCCUUCUGCUCCGGAGCAAUUGGUGACAUUUAUUUUUCACGGGAGAUGCCUGGGGGCACCAUUGUUCCGGCCAUCAUACGUUCCCAAGCUCUGAGUUUCUUGGAUCCACGCGUGUCUCGUGAUCUAGAGAGAGGACAGAACACACUAUUCUCGAACAUUUACAGCGUCUUUCGGAAAACUACUGGUUUUUGCUGCCAUGGUUAAGACUAGGGAUUUUUUUGCUGACGCUGUGUUGCAGAGCUCGAGGAGAAGUACCAGUCCAUCGCCGUCGGUAUCCAGCCGGGGGACGCACCGGACUCCUUCGCGGAACGUGCGGAGAACUACUACCGGAAACGCCCCCAGCUCCUCUCCCUCCUCCACGACCUUUACCAUCGCUACAUCUCUCUGGCAGACCGCUACACGCAGACGUUCUUGAAGCCACAUCAAUCCCACCGCCGAUCCCUCUCCCAGGUCUCCUCCACCCUUCACUCCGACCUCGACGAUGCCGACUCCCCCGAGCCCGAUCCCGACCCACUGGACUCCGACGCCGAGAGCUCCCUCUCCUUCCAAUGCCCACCUCCCCCUCCCUUGGAGCGGCUCCCCCCAUCUUACGGCGUCGACGAGCUGGUGGCGGAGCUGGUGGCGCGGUCCGUGGAGAACGAGAUCCUCCAGCACGAGAUUUCCCAGCUCGACAAGUACCAGUCCGAGUCGACCCGCAAGAUCGAGUUGCAGAGCAGCCUGCUGGAGGUACUGGAAUCGGAGAGGAUGGUGCUACUGACGGAGAACGCGAGGUUGGGGACGCGCGCGGCGGCGGUGGAAGAGGAGAACGAAGGGCUCUCGGCGGAAGUCGGGUACUUGCGGCGGACGGCGGAGGAGCUGGCCAGGUGCGUGGUGAAGCUCAGGGAGGACCACCGGGUCUGCAUAUUAGGGCGCAAGAUCCAGGAGUUGCAGGCGCAGAUCUACACCCUUGAGAAGCGCAACAGGGAGUGUUACGAGGUGAUGGCCCGGCGGGAGGACGAGAAGGCGGAGCUGGUCAGGGGCGUCUGCAUGGAGCUGGAGCGGGUCAAGGCGGAGAACAAAAGGCUGCGAGAGGAGGCGGCGGCGUCGGCGAAGCGGAGGUCGCAGAGCCGUAAGACAGGUGGUGGACAGUGGUGGAGCCGUUUGAGGGGCCUUGAUUGGGUGCUGUGUGGCUCCCACGUUAAGAUUCACAAGUCGUGA